AUGAAUGACAGUGCGUGUACAAAUUUGGGACUGGCAGUUGCUCUACCUGAUAACUUCACAUCGACAGGCACAACGACCCACCUGGCAGCAGCUUUACUCUUUAUCCCAUUGUCUGCGUUCACAGUUGCUGCUAAUGGAGUGAUCAUCGUUUCUCUCAUGCUAUCCCACUUACAGAAUGUAGGCCACGGGUGUGCAGUCAACGUUAGCAUCGUCAAAUCGUUAAUCGUUUCAAUGGCAGUGUCUGACGCCAUUAUCGGCUGCUUUAGUAUGCCUCUGGCCAUCUACGAACUGUUUAUGUCCGGUCACUGGGCCUUAGGGCAGAACCUGUGUGUCAUCAAACAAUCGUUUGAUGUGUUUCUGUGCACUGUUUCCAUCUACCAUGUCACUUGUAUGGCCGUGGAUCGAUACCUGGCCGUCUGCAAGCCAUUCACUUACCGGACACUGAGCAUCAAAACUGGUUAUUCCAUGAUUGGGGUCAGCUGGAGCCUGCCAGCUGCCCUGAGUGUGAUUCCUUUCCUUAGCGACUGGCACACUGAAGGAUUCCAGGAUAUCGUCAUCUGUUUCCAGAUCAACUCCUAUUGUAGUAUUAUCUUCAACCUGCCGUACCAGGUGACCUUGGCCGUCAUAUCUUUCUACAUUCCUAUGAUGACCGUCUGUGUUCUCUACUAUCUCAUCGCUCGCAAAGUCUGGCUUGUUUCAAAAACAUUCUCUAGUAAAGCUUUCAGAAAUUCUUUCUGGCGUCUGCGUCGAAACUUCUACUCCUUAUCAAAGAGGCAAAGACGACCUAGAACAUCGACGACUUCGUUGAAUGAAAUAAAUGGGAACUUUUCGGGAAAGGAGGCAGACAGACAACUUAACAACAUCACGUCAUACGUCAAGUCUUCGUCCUCACAAACUGCGUACUUAAACAAGGUGCAUACUUUCUAUGACAAGUCGGACCUAACCAAGUGCUACCUCGAGGAGCAAGAACUACAGCAACAACAACGACAGAAACAACAACAACAACAACAACAACAACAACAACAACAACAACAACAACAACGACAACAACAACAACGACAGCGACAACAACAAGAUUUCUUGACAAUCCCAGCUUCGUUUCUGAUUUCAGAUAAGGUUAAAAUCGGCAAAAGUUUAUCAACAUCCACAAUUUACAACAUGGCAUCUUUUCAACCAGGUAUGCGGGAUGAUGGCGAUGAUGCAAAGUUCCAUUUCCGGUCUUCAAAAUCCGUCACUGACCUGUCGAACAAACACACAACAAAAGAAUUCGCAGUUCAAAAGUCUGCAAGUGUGGAUUGCAUCUUGGCUAUGAAAGCUAAAACUACACAAAUAUUGCCACUCUUGUCUUACCAAGCUACUUAUUCUCGUCGCGUAGGUGGCCACAGAACAAAGAGAAGCAGGAGCAGUUUUGGCAAAAUGAAAGCGGUGAAAACAAUAGGCAGCGUAGUGCUGUGUUUCACGUUAUGUUGGAUGCCUUUCAGUAUUUACAUCAUCUUUCAAAGUUACCAAAAAUAUGCUCUGCCGAUGUGGCCAUACGUGAUCCUAACCUGGCUAGGUUACCUGAACUCCGCCCUCAACCCGAUUCUGUACUGCGGCAACAAGUCCAUCAGAGAGACUGUUAGGUCUUACAUCUUUCCACUAAAAAUGAAAGCAUUGCAUCCUCAACAAAUUCAUCAGAGAGACUGUUAG